GACGGGGCAUUUCUGAUUGAUUGUUGCUUGUUUCUAGAGCCACUGGCCCCAUUUCCUCAGGGGAAACACGGUCACUAUGACGUGGUGGUUGGUGUGUUGUCCGCCCGCAAUAACCAUGAGCUUCGAAGUGUGAUCAGGAGCACCUGGCUGAAACAUUCACUCCAGCACCCCGCGCUCGGCCCCCGGGUGCUGGUCAAGUUCAUCAUCGGCGCCCGGGGCUGCGAGGUGCCCGUGGAGGACCGGGAGGACCCCUACUCCUGCCGGCUGCUCAACAUCUCGGACCCGGUUCUGAACCAGGAAAUCGAGGCGUUCACUUUUCCCGAAGACACGCCCUCGGGCUUCUCUAAGGACCGUGUGGUUAGCGUGAGCUUCCGCGUGCUGCACCCCAUCGUGAUCACCAGCCUCGGGGUGCUGGGCGGCGCCAGUGAUGUGGGCUUCCAGCGGAACCUCACCGUCAAGCUGUACCAGGCAGAGCAGGAGGAGGCCCUCUUCGUCGCUCGCUUUAGCCCCCCGAGCUGUGGGGUGCAGGUGAACAGACUGUGGUACAAGCCCGUGGAGCAGUUCGUCUUACCAGAGAGCUUUGAAGGUACAAUCGUGUGGGAGAGCCAAGACCUGCACGGCCUGGUGUCCACAGACCUCCGCAGCGUGGCCGUCAAUGACGGGGGCGGAGUCCUCAGGGUCACGACGGCCGGGGAGGGCGCGUGGCCUCCUGAACUCACGGAAGGUGUGGAGGGCGUGGCCGGCGGCUUUAUUUACACGAUUCAGGAAGGUGAUGCUCUCUUACAAAACCUCCACUCUCGCCCCGGACGGCGCGCUGCCCACCUGAGGAGCCUCCGCGAGGAGGACGCCUUGCUGCAGGAGGAGAGCAGCCGCCACGGCGAUAUUGUCUUCGUGGACGUCGUCGACACCUACCGGAACGUCCCCGCGAAGCUGCUCAACUUCUAUAAGUGGACCGUGGAAGCCACCAGCUUUGAUUUGUUGCUGAAGACGGAUGACGACUGCUACAUAGACCUGGAAGCCGUGCUCACCAGGAUCGCCCGCAGGACCCUGCAGGGCCCGAGCGUCUGGUGGGGAAAUUUCAGGCUGAACUGGGCCGUGGACCGGACGGGGAAGUGGCAGGAACUGGAGUACCCGAGCCCUGCCUACCCUGCCUUUGCGUGCGGCUCGGGGUACGUGGUCUCACGGGACAUCGUCCACUGGCUGGCCAGCAACGCGGGCAGGCUGAAGACCUACCAGGGUGAAGAUGUGAGCAUGGGCAUCUGGAUGGCGGCCAUAGGACCUAAGAGAUACCAGGACAGCCUGUGGCUGUGCGAGAAGACCUGUGAAACGGGGAUGCUGUCCUCCCCGCAGUACUCCCCACAGGAGCUCGCGGACCUGUGGAGGCUGAAGGAGCUGUGCGGCGACCCUUGUCAGUGCGAGGCCAGAUGAAGGGGACUCGCGGGGAGGGGCCUGGGUGUCUGCGGGAACUGAGAGAGCAGGUGCGGCUGGAUGCGUGCUCCCUUGGGAGCUCCAGGCAGGCUCUCUGGACCCGCGUUGUGUCACUUCAUGUUCGCACAGUUUCCUCUUUAAGAAUCAACCCUGAUGCUGUAGCAUAACAGAAACUGUAUUUAUAUAUCGGGAGAUUUGAAAAAUACCAAAUAGUUUAUAAGUCCUGAUUCAUCGUUUCUAGUUAGCAUUCACUAGCUGUCAUUUUUGGUUAAAAGUCAGCUUGUUCAGAAAUCUUGAGUGACUGAGAGUUGGAUUUUCAGCCUAGAUUGCAGAAUAGCUUCGUCUAGCACGAUUAGGACAGUUACAUGGGCCCCAAAACUCACCGAAAUGCUGUGUGAUGCUGCGGUCGCUCUGAGCAGUAGUCACUGUACCAAAGUGUGGGUUUCUGGAAAUAACAUUGCUGUCUGUGGAUGUCUGAGCAAAGGGGGCAACUUAGGCCUGGGGAAGAACCCGAUGAAUUCUCAGGUCUGGACCUUGGUUUUAAAGUUCAUUUAUCAUUAAUGGAC